AUGCCAUUGAAGAGGAAAAGUCCUGCGCAGCGAGUGGCGCUUUUUCACCCGCACGAUGCAUCGCAGGGCCACAUCUGUGCUCAGUAUCAGAUAAGCUGUUCUAUCCUGCAUGUGUAUUCCUGCUUCGUAUUUAUGAGUCCUGAACUUCAAAUGCUUGGUAGCGUUAAAAUGGUCCUAGAAAUGUGUGGCACUUACGGUUCCGAGUCCAUUGCAAAUGCCACCUCGAAACUCGCCAUGAUACGCAACGUAAUCGAUCUGACGUCUUCUAGCCCUCUGCCAUUCAAGCCCGCGCUACCAAAACACGCGCCACCUCCAUCUGCCCAGCACCGUUCAGCCGCCCCAUUGUCUGGCCUAGACUCAUUCGACGAUGUCGACGAUUUUGGAGACGUCUUGGAUCUGACUUGCCAGCCCGAAUCAAAGCGCAGAAAGGUCCAUGGUCAACAUGAUGCGGUGCAAGGAAAGGCUAAGAUGCUCUCGAUAGCUGAACAACCGCCUUUUAUGGUUGGCAAUCCCCUUAACAAAAGGUCGGCGUUGGAAACAAUCGAGUUCACCAGCUCACUAGAACCAACUUCCCCAACACAAGGCUCGCUCGACGCCAGGAAGACGUCGUCGUCACACCAUUUGCCAUCUCUCGCUGACGACAGGACUACGACCGCCUGUGAACUAGAGGUGUCUUGCACCUCGGAUCCGUUUGACAGCUCGCCCAGGGUAGCUUCAGCGAAUCGCGCAAACUGCAGAAGAGCGCAAUCUCUCGAUCCAUUCUGCAGCUCAUCCCCACUGCGAGUUGCGGUACCUCGCGACCAUCUCUCGGAAACAAAGUUUGAGAGACCGAUAGGAGCAGGGAGGCUACUUUCUCAACGAGACGUACAAACAGGGCGCCAACAUGGCGAAGCACAUCCGUUUGCGGAUAGUCGGACUGCCGUUUUGCCAACAGAGACGAAGGUGUCGGACCAAGUCAUACACAUAGAUGACUCUGAUAUAUCCAGCGAUGACGAACUACCAUCCAUACGAGAGAUAAAUAUGUCUAGACGUCAUGCUCGAUCUACACUUCGAAGAUCACAAAGCGACGUCACAUGGUCAAGACAACGAGCGUUGAGCUCCGUGCCCAGACUGAAACAGACCAAACCCAAGAAGCUGACGGAAGAGCGAGUUGCAGAGAAGGAAGAGAAGCGCCGUGAAAGGGAGGAGCAAAGGGCUGUCAAAGCCUUGGAAAAGCAGCGCGCAGCCGCAUUAGUUGAAGUCAACAAACUACGCACUGAUAAAAAGGUGUCUACACCGGAAAUGAUUGUUGACUUGCCAUCGAGUCUCAAACCGGAACUGCAAGUGCAGAUUCAGGAGAUGCUACAGGGUUUGGGGGUCCAACACUCGACUUGGGAUUGUCCCGAUCAUAAUAUAAUCAAAUGGCGAAGAACGGUGUCGUCGAAAUUCAACGACAAUUUGGGUUUGUGGGAGCCUAUUCCUGCCCGGGUCGUGGAAGAGAGUACCGCUCUUGUGAUUCUCACGGCCGAUGAAUUUGUCGAAACCACACUCGACGGCACCCUGUCAUCUGUUGUGAUGGACGUUCAAACACGACUACAGGGCAAGAGUGUUCUGUAUCUCAUUCAAGGCUUAACGGCAUGGCUUCGCAAAAACCGCAACAACCGCAACCGGAGCUUUGCAGCAAGGGUCCGAUCCAUCAAUGCCAAGACAACAUUGAGGGUAUCUACAGAGUACAUAUCAGAGGACAUCGUCGAAGAUGCUUUGUUAACGCUUCAAGUCGACCACGAUAUGCUCAUCCAUCAUACUGCUGUGGCAACAGAAACAGCUAGAUGGGUUGUCAACUUUACGCAGCACGUCUCCACCAUUCCGUACAAGAACCAACGAGACCAAGCCACUUCAGUUGCAGGAUUCUGUAUGGAAAGCGGGCAGGUUCGCACAGGAGACAGUCCACAUGAUACGUACGUACGUAUGUUGCAAGAGAUAGUGCGUGUCACGGCUCCCACUGCGUAUGGUGUGGCAUCAGAGUUUGAAACGGUGACCAAAUUGAUUCAAGGGCUGGAGCGGGGAGGACCAAACUGUCUGGAAGGCGUGAGGAGGAGUGCCAAUAAAGACGGGGCCGUGACCGAUAGGACUAUUGGGGGGGCGAAUAUGGCCUGCAUCGCCUCCACACCAAGGGGUUAUCUCUACAAGCGGUGUAAAUUGUCCCAGAUUUUUAUAAUAUAG